AUGCUUGAUCCUGACAUACCCUGGGACGCCCUCCCCCACGCCCCCCGAGAGAUAUAUCCUCCCCGAGGACCAUGCGCCCCCGCUGACCACUGCCCAGGUCCCGUUAAAGGGCCCCCGCGCACCACCCCGGGCACCGCCCCCGCGCCCACAGGCCCCAACUGGCGAGUUUCCCUCCCGUCACGUGGCCGCCCGUCCCGGGGCGCUGCGCGUGCGCUCCCGUUAAAGCGCCCGUUAAAGACCCCCCGGCGCACACCCCCCACCGCGCGCACCCCUCCCCCCGUCUCACUCCGCCCCGCCGACGCCCGCCCCCAGCCCAGCCAAGUCCACCCAGCCAACUGGGUGGACCACCCUCCCCUGGCGAAGGGAAGCGCCGGUGGCAUCACCCUCCGACCCGCGGGCCGGCUGGCGCGGGCCUGGGCCCGGGACCCGGGCGUCGACCACCCCCCGCGCAGCCCGGUGCCGCGCACAAUGGGCCCCGAGACACACAUGCCGGCACCGAGUCCCCGUCAAACUCUGCGCCGCCAUGCCCGCAUCCCGUGGUUCCCAGCGUGCACCCACCCGCCACGCGAGGGCGUCUCGCCCCGGCCCCGGCCCGUCUGGCCCGAUCUUGCCUCUCUACAUACUCACCGACCCUUUUUUGGUGCGAAAUAG